AUGGCCGUUUCCCAAGAUCCCGAGGCGCCCGCCGUGCUGGAUGGACACAACGUUGAUAGUGAUACCGUCGAAAAGAAAGAAUAUGCGGAUGCAUCGCCUGCUGCGAAUGAUCCGUUCGGCAAUGAAGAGUGUGGAGAGGUCAAAUAUCGUGUCAUGUCGUGGUGGCAAUGCGGAACCCUGAUGGUUGCUGAAAACAUCUCUCUUGGAAUCUUGUCCCUCCCGUCUGCCAUGGCAACCCUGGGUAUAGUCCCCGCUGUCAUUCUGCUUCUCGGGCUGUCGGGAAUCUCGUGGUAUACUGGUUAUGUGAUGGGGCAGUUCAAGUUGCGCUACCCCCAGAUCCAUAGUAUGGGUGACGCGGGUGAGCUCCUGAUGGGCCGCUUUGGGCGCGAGUUGUUCGGGAUCGGACAGCUUCUAUUUCUCAUCUUCUUAAUGGCCAGUCAUGUGCUCACGUUCACCGUGCUCUUCAACACCAUCACCAACCACGGUACCUGUACCAUUGUAUUCGGGGUGGUUGGCUUGAUUGUGAGCUUCAUCGGUGCUCUCCCGCGAACAGUGGGAAAAGUGUAUUGGAUGUCCAUGGCCUCAUGCAUCAGUAUCAUGGUCGCAACCAUGGUCACGAUGAUCUCCAUCGGAGUCCAAGCACCUGACGACGUCCAAGUUGACGUGACGACCGAUGUUUCUUUCCAGAAGGCAUUCCUCGCGGUGACGAACAUCAUCUUCGCUUACAUUGCUCAUGUCGCCUUCUUCGGCUUCAUCUCCGAGAUGCACGAUCCUCGGGAGUUCCCCAAGUCCUUGGCCAUGCUGCAAGUGGUCGAUACCACUAUGUAUAUCGUGACGGCAAUCGUCAUCUAUCGCUAUGCUGGACCGGAUGUGACUUCUCCAGCUUUGUCUUCCGCGGGACCGUUGAUGAAGAAGGUCGCGUACGGCCUGGCUAUUCCCACAGUAAUUAUUGCGGGAGUGGUUUUUGGCCAUGUAGCCUGCAAGUACAUUUACGUGCGUAUUUUCCGAGGCUCAAAUCACAUGCACCAGAAUAGCUUCCUGGCUAUUGGGUCGUGGGUGGCUAUUGCAUUUGCCCUUUGGGUGGUUGCUUGGGUGAUUGCUGAGUCGAUUCCGGUGUUCAACGAGCUCCUGAGUUUGAUCAGCGCCCUUUUCGGCAGUUGGUUCAGUUAUGGACUGCCCGCCAUCUUCUGGCUGGUAAUGAACAAGGGGAGAUGGUUUACUUCACCUUCCAAGAUCUUCCUCACGAUCGCCAACAUUCUUAUUCUCGCUAUGGCCUGUACCAUUUGUGGUCUGGGACUCUACGUCUCGGGAAAGUCGAUUCAUGACAGCUCUGCCAAGGCAAGCUGGACAUGUAAGAAUAACGCGUUAUGA